AUGCUGCUACUACAACUGUUUGCGGUAUUGAGCUUUUUAUUCCAAACCUGCAUACCGACAUGUCAGGCGUCGCCAAUUGACAGGCUCUCGGAGAAGGAGGUUGAAGACCGUUUAGAUGCUCUUCUCCAGUCACGAGCUUCUUACAAGAACCUCCCACCGCUAGAAGCAUACCCCUCUCCGGAGUCACGAACGUUGAAGCCGGGGAGUAUACCGGAGUACGUUGCAAAGUACGCUCCACUUGUUUUCCUCUACUCGGAAGAAAAGUACUUACCAUACGACAUUGAAGAGUAUGUCUCACAUUUUCGCCCCACAUGGAGAAACGGUACAGUGAUAGAUUUACCGGGGAAAGACCGAAACGAUCCACUUUACAAAAACCAGGUCUUGCAUUUGUCAGAUUUGGAAAACCUACCUCAGUCAACACACGAGGAGUUGGUUUUCCUGUCAUCACUAUCAGAUUUUGACGUGGACCCAGAGUGGAUAACGGGGGUGCACAACAAGCCAAACUACUACAACGGAGAAAUAAAGGACGCACCCGUGACCCUCAUAGUGACCGACAAGGGAAAAGGGUGGGUUGACGCAUACUGGUUCUUUUUCUACUCAUUCAAUCUCGGACCGUUUGUCAUGGGGUUUGGGCCAUUCGGAGACCACAUAGGGGACUGGGAGCAUUGCUUGGUGCGUUUUUAUAAAGGGGAGCCGGUGAUAAUAUGGAUGUCUGCACACGGAGGAGGAGGUGCAUAUUUUUACGAUCACAUGGAGAAGGAGACCCUGGACUCUUCUGGAAUUGCCGUUGGCAACGGGGUGCAGCCCGUGAUCUUUUCUGCCCGUGGGACGCACGCCAACUAUCCAAGCACCGGCCAACAUAGCCACGAUCUUCCCUAUUCGAUUUUGAGCGACUUUACUGACCGGGGAGGUCUUUGGAACACUGCGUUGAACUACCUUGCUUACACCUAUACCCCUGCCGAUGACAACCUUUCAGGAGAGGCGGCGGGCAUGGAGCUCAGUCUUGCAAACGGGUCGCAUCCCUUCCGGGAGUCCAAGUACGGGAAGUGGCUAGAGUACAAUGGUGCGUGGGGGGACCCGAAGCUCGAGCCGGAGGACCCACGGCAGCACUGGUCGCCCUUCGAGUGGAAGUACAUCGACGGCCCGACGGGCCCGUUGACGAAGAACCUUGUGCGCACGAGUCCGUGCCAGCGGGCCAAGUGGUGGAACUUCUGGAACGGGUGCAACGUGCGGAGAUACAUCCAGUACGGGCAAGGCGUGUUUGACCAGGAGGGCAACAACAGCUGCGGGAGCUUGUACGUGCACUUCAAGAACAAGUGGGUGAGGAAGCUGGUGGAGGUGGUCACCUGGGGCGGGUGGGUGUGUUUCUCGAUAGAUUUGGUAUUUGGGUAA